CGCGCGCAUUCCCCGAACGUUGUUUGUCUGAGGUUCCCGCCCGGUAUAUAAGACGUCGUUGUUGCGUUCUCCCUCUCUUCGCAACUUGUCUUUUUCGGAAAUUUCGCGUACAUUGCCAACUCUGUUCUAUAUUGCUGUACUUUACUUGACACCUUACGUGCUAUCCGACGACCACUACACGUACCUACGCACGCUACUCUUUCACAUAACGCGAGAAACCUUUUCUCGUCGAUCAAGAUCUCUAUUCAAACGUUUCCAAAAAACACGUCUGCACGAUGCGCCAUCCUACAUCCUUCACCACCAUCCUAGCCCUCCUCCUCGCCUUCUCCUCUACCACACUCUCGCUCCCGUCAAACCCACGUCACGCCAACGACCUCACCGCGCGCCAAUCCACCCGUCCGCAACGCGCAACGGUCUGCGGCGCCAUCUACGGGACCGGCACGCGCAACGACACCUACACACGCAACCUGCUCCAGAUCGGCGACGCGUGGCUGCAAGGCUUCAUUGCCCCGACCACGGGCGCGCUGUGCUCGCUUUCGUUUUUCAUGACCCCGUUGCCGUUCUCGGUUAGCGCCAACGCGUCUGUGGCGGUUUUUGAUGGUGCUGUGGAACAGAGUCAGAUCUUUGCGGGGAAUGCGACACCGGUUGCUGCUGCUAAUACGCUUUCGGAGGGCGAUCAACUCUUCUUCGACUUCUGCGGUCUCCAAUCCGGUCUCAUCUUCGAGAAGCAGCCCUACAACCUUGUCCUCACUUUCGAAGGCAGCGCUCUCCCUGCUCCAUUGAGCCUGGUCUUCCAGCCUUUUCCCGGCGCAAGCGGCUCGUUCUUCGGACCUUCCUUCACACCCGCCUUCAGCUUGGUCGACGAAGCUCUCGUGUUCAACUUGACCACUUCGCUCGAACCCCCGGUCUGCCCUGGUGGCCAGCCUGAUGUAACCACGACCAUCACGACUACCACUACGUCUACAAGCACGUCUAGUAGCACGGUUACAAGCAGGCCUACGGAAUCUCCCAGCGUCACUACUACCAAUAUCGAGCAUCCUUCCGCUUCGGCAACGCAGACUGUCACCUCCGGCGGAGAAGUCACAAGCGUAGUCGUCAUUGUCGAGACCACAGUCGUCGUUGUUCAGCCAAGCACCACCGAUGUGAUUGUCAUCCCGUCCACCGCUUCCGUACCCACCACCGGCGAGCCCCUCCCGGAAACAAACACGGCUAAACCGGCGACGACCAUCGUCGAAGUCUCCACGACAGUCAUUGGCAUUCCCGGAUCGCCAUCUCAAGUCACCGGCUUGCCCGUGACUCUGGUCCAGCCCAGUCAAGAACCCGGGACCAUCGAGACCGAAACAUCCCUCUUCACCGGUACCCUGACCUGGAUCUCCCCUCCAGCCCACGUCACCGGUCUGCCCGUCACCUUUGAGCCAAGCCAGGCGACUGAAUUCCCCAUCGACACCGUCACAUCAACCUCCACAGGCACCCUCACCUUCAUCUCCCCACCCGUCCCAUCCCAAGUCACCGGCCUGCCCGUCACCCCCGGCGAACCCUGCACAGCCGUCACCGUCACCGUAACCACCACCGAAUCCGCAACGGGCACAUGCACCGCGCAAUCCACCAGCACCGCGACCUCCGGCGUCUGCGGAACCCACUGCGCCCUCUGCCGCGAACACGCAUGGGCCACCUGCGCAACCGCCGAAACCUACACCGAGUGCCUCAAAUCCCCAACGCUGUCGCUGUGCUACCAGCUCGCGUGUGCCCCCGGGCAGGACACGGAUGCGUACCUCAAGCAGUGUGAGCAGCUGGAGAUCUGGGCGAGGUUUACGCAUGAUGAUGAGAUUCCGCAUCGGUGGUGAUCAGCGCAAUGACAUUCCGAUGAUAAAACGACACGCCGGCGACAUUAUACACACACUACAUCGCCCAAGCAUCGUCGCACCCAACUCUUAUUGCCACAUACAACCCACCUCGUACGGACCUAUAUUUAUCAGACUGUUUUUUUGGCCUUGUAUUUCACACCUGGACUCCUAGAGUCUCCCCUUUUUGUGCUUUUCUUUGCGUAUAGUUUUGCCAUUCCCAAGGGACUUGUUGCUAUCAACUUGGCACCCCAAUGCUUGUGUGUUUGUAUGUUGGAAAGGCGGUUUGGCAUGUACCGUUUCGAAAAAUAUAAG